GCUAGGGGGCGGAAGUGCGGUGUUCCCUAAGGCUGCUGCCUCUGAGCGGGCGGAGGGGAGCCUCCCGAAGUGGGGGCCGGGCCGGAAUGGCGGCAGCCGCGGCCGGGACAGGGACUUGGGCGGCCCAGGAAAAGCAGUUCCCGCCGGCGCUGUUGAGCUUUUUCAUCUACAACCCACGUUUCGGGCCGCGCGAGGGAGAGGAAGAAAAUAAAAUUCUGUUUUACCAUCCAAAUGAAGUAGAAAAGAAUGAAAAAAUCAGAAAUCCUAUCAUCGAAAAGCAAAGUAAAGAUGGCAAGGCAGUAGUGGAGUACCAAGAGGAGGAACUGUUGGACAAGGUGUACAGCUCAGUGCUGCAGCAGUGCUACAGCAUGUACAAGCUUUUCAAUGGGACGUUUCUGAAAGCCAUGGAAGAUGGAGGUGUCAAGCUCCUAAAAGAAAGAUUAGAGAAAUUCUUCCAUCGGUAUUUGCAGACGCUACAUUUGCAGUCAUGUGACCUACUUGAUAUUUUUGGUGGAAUCAGCUUCUUCCCAUUGGAUAAAAUGACUUACUUGAAAAUCCAGUCCUUUAUUAACCGAAUGGAAGAAAGCCUAAGUGUAGUCAAAUAUACAGCAUUCCUCUACAACGACCAACUCAUCUGGAGUGGACUAGAACAAGAUGACAUGAGAAUUUUAUACAAAUACCUCACCACCUCACUGUUCCCCAGGCACAUCGAACCUGAGUUGGCGGGAAGGGAUUCCCCAGUAAGGGCAGAAAUGCCUGGAAAUCUCCAGCACUAUGGAAGAUUUCUCACUGGACCCUUAAACCUUAAUGAUCCAGAAGCAAAAUGCAGAUUCCCCAAAAUUUUUGUAAAUACAGAUGACACUUAUGAAGAGCUCCAUUUAAUUGUUUAUAAGGCCAUGAGCGCAGCUGUGUGCUUCAUGAUUGACGCCUCCACACAGCUCACGCUGGAUUUCUGCCGAAGAUUAGACAGCAUCGUUGGGCCCCAGCUUACAGUGCUGGCAUCUGACAUCUGUGAGCAGUUUAAUAUCAACAAGAGAAUCUCCGGGUCUGAAAAAGAACCCCAAUUUAAGUUCAUCUAUUUCAACCACAUGAAUUUAGCAGAGAAAAGUACAAUUCACAUGAGGAAAACGCCCAGCGUGUCACUCACAUCGGUCCACCCAGAUCUAAUGAAGAUUCUAGGUGACAUCAACAGUGACUUUACCAGAGCAGAUGAAGAUGAAGAAAUCAUUGUGAAAGCCAUGAGCGAUUACUGGGUUGUUGGGAAGAAGUCUGACCAGCGGGAGCUGUACGUGAUUCUCAAUCAGAAGAAUGCGAACCUGAUUGAGGUUAACGAAGAGGUGAAGAAACUGUGCGCCACGCAGUUCAAUAACAUCUUCUUCUUGGACUGACUCUAAUGGCUCAGCAGAACAUCUUUAAAAACCUCAACAAACCUUUUGUUUACCAUUACAACUUACUGGUCAUGAUAGUGACUGGGUUAGUGACAAUAGUAAAGCAAUACCUGCUUUGAAAAAUCAAAUUUCUACUUGGUCUGAUGAUUACCUGAGGUUUCUAGGUGUUAAAUAUUUAUGUGGAAUUAAUUAAAGGUAGUCAGCUGAAUAUCAUUCAAUUCUGCUGACAUUAUGUGGAUAUUUUACUGGGAAAUAAGACUAAUAAAUUGUUAAAGUUUUUAAAAA